CGCCAUCUGGCGGUCUACAUCUCAACAGCAUCCUGCUCAAGAGGAGGCUGCUCGCUGCUCUCCGCCCUCAGUUGGCUGCUGGAGGAGCUGGGGAAGCAGCGGCAACACCAACCAUCGCCGGUCUCAUGUCUCCCCGGUUUAGGAUCGUAUCCUGCCCUCUGCAAAUGACAACGGAUCCUUUUGAAUGAUUCUCCGGUUUUGUUGGCUGAAUUUAGUUGAAGUUGGAUUUUGUUUUUGCCAAUUAAACACAAUGUGACAAUGUUGAGGCAUUAACUGUUCGAUCGGAUUAGCCGAAGAACCUUCGUUUGAGUAAGGGAUUUAAGGAUGGGGAAACUUCAUUCUAAACAUGUGUCUAAGAGGAGGGAGAAUCCUGAAGGGGCUUGCACACGGUGACCUGAGGGAGGGCCCAUUUGUAGAACAUCCCUGUCCCCUAGAGGUGGUGCUGCCUCCAGAGAAGGGGGAGGGCUGUGAGAGUUACCUGCAGUACCUCCGCUCAGCAGAGGGGGAGCGGGAGGUCCUUCUGCAGGACACCAGCAAAGCUCCAGGGAAGAAACGCAUCAGUCUUAAUGAUUUGGAAUGUAAAGUGUCCCUUGAAGACAGCAACCGACAAGAGUGGUUCCUCACCCUCUAUGACUUUGACAACAGUGGCAAAGUUCAUAAAGAGGACAUGUCCAGCUUGAUGCACACCAUCUACGAUGUGGUGGACGCCUCGGUUAAUCACUCGUGCCAGAACAAGAGCAAAACGCUGCGUGUCAAACUGACCGUUUCUCCGGAAAAUAGAUCCCAUAGAAGGGACAAUGGGACAGAGCGUGAGCAAGGUCGCUGUCACCAGGAAGAGAGUCGCUACGCAGACAAACGACUCUCGGAUAACAUCAGAACGCAGCAGAGUUUGGAGCCCCUGCCUCCUGAUGGCCAGCACUACUGUGUUGAUGAGAACACAGAGAGAAGGAACCACUACCUGGACCUGGCCGGGAUAGAGAACUACACAUCCCGCUUUGAAGGCACCACCACCCCUCCCCCUCCCCCCCAGAAGGCCCCGGUCCGCAGCCCCCAGUCCCAGAGCUGCUCGCGCUCCCAAGAGCCUGUGGCGCACGCCGCCCACCACCGCCGCUCGCAGGUUAUCGGCGACAGCUACAACCCAGUGGAGCCUCGGGGCAAGGGCGCACACCUCCUCAGGUCCCCCAAGGGGGCUUACAAGGGUGGGACGGGGGCGAACGGGAGCAGCAGACCAAGCAAGUGUCACGGCACGCACCCAUCCACGCUCCACGGGGGGCAGGAUGUGUAUCACCUCCCUCACCACAACAACAUGGGCCACCCCCACCAGCCACAGCACCCCCUGCAGUACAGCCACAGCAAACGCCUGAGGGCCAGGACAAGAGAAGCACUCCCCAACAGCAGGACCCCUCUGUCCCCUCCAUCCCAACCCCACCCCGAACAGACCCGGCACCAGCCCCAGCAUCACCCCCCCAUGCCCUCAGUGCUGCCUGCCCUUGCCAGCCCCCCUGUAAGCCCCAGAGUGGUGGUGCCCCUGGUCCAGAGGCACGAGCACCACCACCACCACGAACACCACCACCACCACCACUAUCACCAUUACCAUCAGACAUGAACUAAGCUAACACCAGCCCCAGGGAUCAACCACCACACCCGACGUAAAGGAGUCCAUCGCGCCACCAGAAAUGUCUGCAUUAAUGGAAAACUGUCGUGUCGCGGCUGUAAACCUUGUUUGCAAGCUAUCCAGUGAAAUAUGGAAAUGAAACCUAGACCUAUGAAGAGAAUGGGGUGUAGCGUGGAGAAUAUUGGACUGUAUGAUAUGUUUCUGUAUGAAAUUGUCUAUUAUGAAAGUUGUACGGUUCUGUAUGAAAUUGUAACAUUUGCUUUUCCGACUGCUCUGUUUGUGUACGAUCUCAUAAAGGGACAGAUAUGCAGAUAGCAGUAUUGAGGUAUUUGGAAAUAUUAAGUGUAUCCUUCUUGAUGCUGUUAAUAUAAAGUGCUUGUCCGAAGAAGUUGUGCGUCACGUAAGAGAUGUGUUACGAGACCUUCAGAAACCGUGGAUCUCAGGUGUUCAGGUGCUGCUGCUCUUAAGCUCUUCAAAGUUGCUUUUCUCAUCUUCUGGGUCUUCCUACUGUGGACUUAAGGGACUCCCUCCGAAGAGAAGAAUUAAAUCACCACUGCCAAUUUAAACACAUUUUACUGUAUAAUUAUUCAACUGUAUAUGCAUACGGCAUCGGUAUAAAUAUGCAUAUAAGUAUUUUGUCUUUUAUAUAUUUUAAUAAAUAUAUAUCAUUAAUCUUU